CAACGAGCAUCACUUCGUAUAAGUAAAACUCACAACGAUUCGGCUAUCAUACAUAGUUCAAAAUUCUCGUCGGGGUGCAUACGCAAAAUCUAAAAAUUUUUUGUAUCAAAUAUGACUCGUCAACAAAUUGUCUUCACAAUUAUGCUUUUCAUUUCAAGUAGGGCUUAUGCUAUGCCACAAGACAUUGUUAUUCCCGGAGAAACGACACUACCUUCGCCAACAACAACAACGAGAACGACAACAACAACUGAAGCAGUAACUCAGCCAUCAAUAGUUUGGACUACUGUUGCCUUACCAUCAAAUUAUUUCGAAUGUCUUCAUAACUGUCAGACAAUUUCGUCGUAUGUACCAGUGUGCGGUACAGAUGGUGUAGUUUACACAAAUAUCUAUAAAUUGAACUGUGCUAAUAGAUGCGGAAAUAACGUUAGAGUUUUCAAGGAAGGUCAAUGUCGAUUCCGACGCAGACAACAAUAAAACAAAUUCAAGAAACGAGUGUGCGAAUGAGGUAGAAAAUAAGGCUUUAAAUAUAAAAAAAAACUAUGUAUGAUUCCUGUUCAUUCAAAUUUUAUUAAAAAUUGUUAUGCAUGAUAAAA